AUGGCAGGCACUACAGCAAGCCGUCUGCCUGACAAGCGCGGCGAUGGAGGAUACAUGAUCAUCACGCAGACUGAGGAUGCGAAGAAGCAGCGGCAGUAUAUCGAGCCCAAAGACCUAGCAAAGGUUAUUACUAGCCAAGAACAUGGCGAUUCUGUGUUUGUGCAAUAUCAUCCCAAGGGUGGUAUGAUGCCAGAACUUGAUAGCCACACGCCAAGUACGAACAACCCUACGCCCCUUGAGUCACGGUUCUCGCCCUGGCAUGCAUGCGGUUCGGACCACAAGGUGUAUUAA